GGAGAGAAAGAACAUCAAUACACAAAAUCGGUCCUUAACAGUAAUCACUUGGGAUCCUUGAAAACCUAGAAGAAAACCCACCUGUUCCCUUUUCCCCUGAUUUCGCCUUCUCCUUGUCGAUUCUCUGUUGCUUCUUCUACUCGCUUGGUUCGUUUUUCUCCGUCGCCGAACUCAAUCGGAUUCAAUUUCGGGGCCGUACUUAAACAGCGAACUGAUUCCUCCGUUUGAUCAAUCGGGUGCUCUCUCGUAUCAAUCGAUUUUUCCUGUUUGGUUUUCUUUGUUAGUUUUAGGUUCUUUCCUCUUUCAUGGCCUCGGAUCUCGAUGAUUGGUCUGUAUUGGAAGAGAGUUCGUCCUCAUUUUCAUCGCUUCCGCCGCCUCGUUCUCCAUCGAAUCAGUCGGAGUUCUGGAAGAGAGUGGAAGAAGCCACCCGUGAAAUUAUAGAGCAGGUCCAUCCAACACUUGUUUCCGAGGAUCGAAGAAGAGAUGUGAUUGAUUAUAUGCAAAGACUAAUCAAAAUGACACUUGGUUGCGAGGUGCAUUCUUUUGGAUCGGUUCCAUUGAAAACGUAUCUUCCUGAUGGAGACAUUGAUCUCACAGCUUUUGGUGGACCGUGUCACGAGGAAGAACUGGCACAUAAAGUAUACUCUGUACUUGAGAGGGAGGAACAUAUUGGGGGUGGCCCGUUUGUGGUUAAGGAUGUGCAGUUAAUACGGGCUGAGGUUAAGCUUGUGAAAUGUCUGGUGCAAAACAUUGUGGUUGAUAUCUCUUUCAAUCAGCUCGGAGGGAUUUGUACUCUGUGCUUUCUUGAGAAGAUUGAUCACCUCAUUGGAAAAGACCAUCUCUUCAAGCGAAGUAUCAUACUCAUUAAAGCUUGGUGCUACUAUGAGAGCCGUAUUCUCGGGGCUCUACAUGGAUUAAUCUCAACAUAUGCUCUGGAGACGUUGGUCUUAUAUAUCUUCCAUCUCUUCCACUCAUCGUUGGAUGGUCCACUAGCAGUUCUGUACAAAUUCUUGGACUACUUCAGCAAGUUUGACUGGGAUAACUAUUGCAUUAGCCUGAGUGGUCCCGUCUGCCUUUCCUCUCUACCGGAUAUUGUUGUUGAGACUCCGGAAAAUGGCGGGCAAGAUCUACUGCUGACCAGUGAGUUCCUCAAGGAAUGUGUGGAGAUGUACUCUGUACCUUCACGAGGAUUUGACUCAAACCCACGUCUGUUUCCAUCAAAGCAUCUUAAUAUAGUUGAUCCGCUUAAAGAAAAUAACAAUCUUGGUCGCAGCGUGAGCAAAGGUAACUUCUAUCGCAUACGAAGUGCAUUUACAUAUGGUGCUCGGAAGCUUGGGCAAAUCAUUUUACAGUCAGAAGAAGAUAUAAGUUUUGAGCUUCGUAAGUUCUUCUCUAACAUGCUACACAGGCAUGGGAGUGGCCAGAGGCCCGAUGUCCUUGAUGCUGGUCCAUUUGUAAGGUACAACAGGUACAGUGCCAUAUCGCCUCCUUCCACUGCCAACAAUUUCCAAGAUCAUCAAAUGGUUUACGAAUCGGAGUCUUUCAGUUCAUCUGGUGCUGCUGGAAAUGGUAGGCAUGACCAGGAAGACUCGUUGUAUGCAGGAGCCAAUGUAUCGAGUACAGCUCGGCUUGAUUUAAGCGGAUCACCUGGUGAAACAGUCCCAUCAGUUUCAGAGGACCGAUUUGCAGGAGACGCAAAAGACUUGGCUACUGUGAGGAUCCAAAAGCUUGAGAUUUCUGAUGAUGCAAUGAAAUCUAUGAGCGUUAGUGAUAAGGAAAGUGUCUCUCCUUCGAAUGGUAAGCAUCAUUCUCUCCAUCAGAUCAGAAAUGGCGAAGUAUUAAAUGAAAACGGGGUGGAGAAACUGCAACAGAAUUCCUGCCUUGUUGGUUCCAGAAGAGUUGAAGAUUCACAUAGCAAUGAGAACAAGAACGAGUAUGUUGGUCAUGUAGAGCUGCCGUUUACAGGCUCAGUACACCACACUCCACUUAUGAACCCGGUAACUUGGCCACAGGAGAACAUGCAUCUCCAUUACUCAGGUCAUUGUGUCUCUGGCACUCCAAAUUUGCUGUCUGACCUCACAGGGGAUUACGACAGUCAGCUUAACAGUUUGCGAUAUGGGCGCUGGUGGUUUGAUUAUGUCCAAAACGGUCCCCUGUCUCCACUAUCUCCUCCUGGGCUAUCUCAGCUUCCGAACAACAACAAUUCAUGGGAAGUAAUUCGGCAUGCACUGCCAUUCAGACGGAAUGCGCCCGGCCCAGUAAACGCCAAUGGAGUUGUCCCGAGACAGGUUUUCUUUCAUGUGAACCCUCAGAUGAUUCCAGGUGCUAAUUUUGGUAUCGAGGAAUUGCCUAAGCAUCGAGGAACUGGAACAUACUUCCCCAAUGCGAACCAUUACAGGGAUAGACCGCACUCCUCAAGAGGAAGAAACUCACACCAGGCUAGGUCGCCACGUAACAACGGCCGAAGCAUGGCACACUUGCACUCAGAAAUGAAUUUCCCUGACAGAAACACCCGUGAGCGACAGCAUAAUCAUCAUCUUCACCAUCAUCCCCACCAGACGAAUGGUUCUUGUGAUAUGAGUCAAGCUGAUUCACUUGAAAGCUUCUCUGAUUCCAAUGGCUCUGCAAAUCAUCCAUAUGAUAAGGCUCCUGAUUUUAGGUCUACGGAGCCUCCAACAGCUGAACUACUCUCCCCUGCGGAGGGCAGCAAGCAAAGUGAUAUAAGCAGUGGAGGUUAUUGUAAUCAGUCACAAAGCCCAAUAUCUAUACCCUCCUCCACACAGGAAGAUCGGUACAGGUAACACCUCCACAGUCAUACCAUUUGACGGAUGAUCACGAGUUCCCUCCUUUGUAGCUCAUGAUCUGAUCAUAAACACGUGCUCUUUAGACCGUUAUAGGAACAGGUAUAGCUUUCUAACUUGGUUUGUCUCCUAAGUUCUUUGUUUUUACCCCCCACAGAAGAAAAAAAAAGAAAAAGAAAACGAUGGAGCUGAAUGUUUUGGGCUGUGUGUGUGUUUUUUUCUGAUCUUUGUAUGUUAUUUCUGCUGCUAUAGAAUUAUCUCUGUAAUUUUAUCAAAAUCUCAAAACUCUUUGGAAAAACCUUUGAAGAGCUUUGUAUUUUCUACUUAGACAGGUUUGUGAGUGUAUAAUAGGAUUUUUUUUUUGUUUAGUUUCAACGUCACUAAUCUCCAUGAUUCUUCUUGCUUUCU